AUGGGAUCCGGUGCAUCUGUGUCUUCUGGCGUCCAGGACGCGACUGCGGCUCAGCUGAAGGAGACCUUCUGCGCGCUCUCUCAGGAGGAGCAAAAGAAGAUUGCGGAAGCCCUGGCAAAAGUGGAUGCACCUGCCGCGAAGGCAGAAACCACUGAGGCACCAGCCGCAGAAGCUCCGGCAGCAGAGGCUAAACCAGCUGAGGAGAAGAAGGAAGAGGCACCUGCCGCUGCGGAGAAAAAGGAGGAAGCUGCCCCGGCGGAGAAGAAGGAAGAGGUGGAGAUGUCGGAUGAGCAGCUAAGCAUGCUCAAGGCAGCCUUCGAUGACAUUGAUACCAACGCGUCAAAAUUCAUUGAGGCAAGCGAGCUGAAAACGGUGCUGGGCAAGAUGAAGGUUGAUUUGUCCGAAGACCAAGUCGAUGCUGUCUUCAAGCGUGCAGAUCUCAACAAGGAUGGUAAGCUUAGCUUCGACGAGUACAAGAAGCUGGUGUGCGCAGGCCUCUCAGUGGCCAGGUGA